AUGGAGGAAACAUCUGGAGGCAGGAAUGCAAGGGAGGUGCCUUCGAUCGUUGGGCAGUGGCGGGAACAGUGCGCGAGGGACUUCACCAACCUCUUGGAUGCCAUUCGCGUUUCGACAGAGACCGUGACGUUGGUGGUCGACCCGGACCUGCUGGGUCCGCUGCGGCUGGUGCUGGGCGAGGAUCUCUCCCUGCUCCAGACCUACGGCGUCGGCCGCAUGAUCCUGCUCACGCCCGACAGCUGGGACUUCCGCGAGCUCGACGUGGACUCGCCCUAUGUGGUCUACUUGGUGCGGCCCGUGCCGACGUGGAUGCGGAUCAUCGCCAGCCACGUGCAGGAGCACUCGCGGAAGACCCGCACUUGGCCCAUCACCGCCUCAGCGCGAUCUUCCGAAGCCGCAUUUACCACUCUGUCCUACCUCACACCAGCUGGCAGUUCUCAGAAUUCAGCGCUGUACGAUCCAGUACAUGCGCCGGCGGGCACAACACAGUUUGCGAUAAUCUUCACACCGCAGUGUAGCAUCGUGUGCGAUCGUGUUCUGGAGGAGGAAGGCGUCAAGGGCAUGGUCGGUAUCUACGAAUACGCGCUCCAUCUGCUGCCCUACGGCGAUCUCCAGCGCACCUACGGCACCAUCACCAACAUCAAGGGUCGUGGGUUGCAUGCGCAAACGGUGGCCGACCUUCUGCUCAGGUACACACAAGAAGAGGCCGAGUCCAAGAAGAAGCGCGGUGUGCCCACCACUGGCGGUGCCGAUGCGGAGGCGGAGGCGGACGCCGACAACGACAACGACGGCACGGACUCCUCGAAGAAGAAGGGACUCAAGAGCCGCAAGACCAGCCCCCGGGGCAAGAGCACCGUGCCGACUAGAAUCGACGCUCUCAUUCUUCUCGAUCGAAGUCUCGACCUUGUUACGCCGCUGGCCACUCAAUUCACGUACGAGGGGAUCAUCGCCGAGGUGCUGGGCAUCGACCACGGCUCGACCGAGGCGGACCCGGGCGUAGUGCCGGUCCCGGGCGCUGACGAAGAUGAGGGCGGCAAGGGCGGACGCCGGGGGCGUGGCCGCGGUAAUGAGGGCCGAGGAGGCGGCCGAGGGAGGGGACGGGGGCGGGGGCGAGAGGCUGGCAAGAAUGGAGCAGGCGGAGACGAAGACUCGGAUGCCGCCAGUGACGAGAAAGUGAGGAUCUCACUCUACGGCGCGGGAGCGCUCUUCAACGAUUUGCGCGAUGUCAACUUUGCAGCGCUCAGGCAGGUGAUGCAAGACAAGGCCCGUGUCAUCACGCCCAAAUACCUGGUAGGCCGCCACGUGCCUCUGUGGACGCUGUCGCAGAACGAGAAGGAGGGCUACCUCCUGCCCGAAAGCGAACUGCAGUCUCUCCUCCCCGAGUUUGCCUCCCUCCAGACCGACUACCAGUCCCUCCAAAUGCACACAAAUCUGGCGGACAAGGUCUUGCAGGCCACCCGGCAUCCCGCGUUCAUCGCCCGCCUUCAAUUCGAACAACGUCUGGUGGCGACGGGCGACGUGGCGCGGAAUCCGCUGCUCGAGCAGGCCGUGCGCGCCGGCGAGCAGUUGGUCAAGGUCCUGCGGCUGCUCUGCCUCUCGUCGGUUGUGGGCGGUGGGCUACCGCGCCCCGCCUACGAUCGAUACCGAGCCAUGAUUCUCGACAAAUACGGAAUGCACCACAUCUGCACUCUGGACAACUUGGAGAGCGCGGGCCUGCUCACGCCCCUGAUUGGCAAGCCCAUGUUCCCGAAGCUGCGCGAGCUGAUGCGAUUAGUCGUGCCCGAAGCGCAGAACGGACAACCUCUCGAUAUUGCCUACACACACUCUGGAUAUGCGCCGCUUAGUGUGCGCCUGGUGGAGGCGGCGGCCAAUGACGGCUGGCAGGGCGGCGAACUCAAGCGACUGCACAAUGUGCUCGGACCCGUCUUCGAGUACGCCGUCAACGAGGACGGCGAUGUCUUGUCCGGCGAUGGCGCCUCGUCGUCAUCGCAGAGCAAAGAUGGGAAGACGCGGCGACGCGAUCGCACGCUGAGCCCGAGGGACCGGAGUCCGAGAUCGGGGCAAGAUAACGUUGAGCCGAAAGUGGCUUUGGUGUUCAUCAUUGGAGGAAUGACCCACGCCGAAGCUGCGGCCCUGCGCUGGCUCUCCUCACGAGGUCGCACACAGUAUCUGAUCGGAACCACGAAGCUCCUCACCGGCGACACCUUCAUCGAGCCAUUGAUUGAGGAGAUAUUCUGA